AUGCGAAUCAAGGUCAUUGGCCGCGAUUUAGAAUGUGCGCAGUUUGAUGAUAUCCAAGAUGCAAGUCAGCAACUAAACGACUAUCUCACCCGACUACGACGCCCUUCACCCCCAAUGUUCCUGGUCUCGCAAUCACCAAAAUCGGAGGAUCCCGCUGCGCCAAAGACUGGGACCAAGAUCGCCACAGCAUCUACUGCUGAACACCUGAAGGAUCAAAAAAAUCCUACCACCAAUAACGGUUUCGCUGAGCUAAGUAAGCUAUGGCUAUGCGUCCUCAACCAAAACCUCCCGCACCCAGAGUGGUGGAGGUUCAAGCUCUGCAUCUUCUUAGUGCCAGGCUUGGGCCCCGAACGGCUUCGGGGCAAGCGUCACAAGGUUGAAGAACUGCUCUUGCACUCCGAAGCCCUCACUCUUGCAGUACCAGAUCUCAAGGCUCAAGGACGAACAUAUAGAUCUCAACAACCAAGAGGCUUGAUCCAAAACUUGCAACUGCCUGCUCUUCGACUCCUAACGCGUGAUAAACGCCCAAGACCUCGCUUGAGAAGAUGCCAAGUGCUUUCCACUGCUCUCCUCCCAAGAAGACAGCAAAGCAAGAUCGAGAAGCGAUACCGCACCAACCUCAAAGACAAGAUGGCGUGA